GAAGUGUUGAGUGCUUGAACGGAUUUGCUAACAAGGCGGCGCGCGCAAAUAACAAUAAAACGCCACACAGUAGUCAUAAAAGUGGUAAAAAUAAGAGUAGAAUCGGUUUAUGACGUUCACGGCUAGCAGAAGUGAGUGAGCAUCAUGCCCAUACAAAAAUCCACAUUUUUGCUGCUGCUUAUCGUCUGCUUAGCGCAUUGGAUACGAGCAACGACCAAGGAUUAUAUCGAUCUACUUGAAUUGCCUGACAAUGACGAGUUUCAAUGGGGUCGUAACGAUAAUGAAAAUGCAUACAGCGCAGCGCAUUCUGGUGCCCACGAAUAUAACAGUACUGGCGGCGGUAGUGAUUAUUUAAUGCGUCACAUAUUGAAGAAGCGACAAGUGAUUUUUCAAGAAAAUAAAGACUAUGGCGAGUGCCGCACUUCGCUGGGCGAGAUGGGCCAUUGUCGUCACCCGCUCUAUUGUCGCAUGCCGGAGCUGAAGAAUGAUGUUUGGCGCUUAAUCUCCCAGUUGUGUAUUAUUGAACAAAAAUCAAUCGGCGUUUGUUGCACUGACAACACCGAGUCACGUUUCAGUCCACAAAUCAUUACCGAUGUAAAUAAGAAUGGCCUGGAAGAGGCGCGCAUUGUUAACAAGCCCGAACAACGUGGCUGUGGCCUAACAACCAAACAAUUUCCACGCAUUACGGGCGGACGGCCGGCCGAACCGGAUGAAUGGCCUUGGAUGGCCGCUUUGAUACGGCCCGGCUUGCCGUAUGUGUGGUGUGGCGGUGUACUUGUCACCGAUCGUCAUGUGCUCACAGCUGGCCACUGUGUGCAUGAAUUUCGCAAGGAUGACAUAUUUGUGCGCUUGGGCGAGUACAAUACGCUACUGAUUAACGAGACACGCGCGCGUGAUUUUCGUAUUGCGAAUAUGGUGAUACACAUCGAUUAUGAUCCGCUGACAUAUGAGCAUGACAUCGCCCUGCUACGUUUGGAUCGUGCCACACUCUUUAAUACGUACAUCUGGCCGGUUUGUAUGCCGCCUAUUGGUCAGAUUUGGGAGGGACAAGUAGGUGUGGUUACUGGUUGGGGUACGCAAACAUUUGGUGGACCGCAUUCGGACAUACUUAUGGAGGUGUUGCUGCCCAUUUGGAAACUUGCCGAUUGUCGUAAAGCGAUGGUUGAGCGCAUUCCGGACACUGUGAUGUGCGCUGGCAUGCGUGAAGGCGGCCAAGACUCCUGCCAAGGUGAUAGUGGUGGUCCACUGCUAGUGCAAUUGCCAAAUCGUCGCUGGGUCACUGUCGGCAUUGUGUCGUGGGGUGUGCGUUGCGGAGAAGCCAAUCGGCCUGGCAUGUACACGAGCGUGAACCAGUACAUGCAUUGGAUACUUGAAAAUUCUGAUAUUUAAUGCAGUUAAUGCACUUUUUCUAACUUAAUUUGCACGUUUCAGAAACGGUUUAUUAAAUACAAAUUUGUUUAAUACUAAUAACCUAUAACCAUA